AUGAGCAACUUGGUUUCUCCUCUGGAGGCCCAAGCCUUCAACUACCUCACCUUCGGUUUCCUCACUGUCCUCAACAAUUUCUGGACCUGGCUGGCGGUGACAUUCUGGAGGAUCCGAACAGCCAAGUCCGAAUUUCUCCCACCACCCGAUGACCCGAUUCUAGAUGAGUCGGAUGCUGCUGCCGCUACCACUGGGCCGGCGUGUGUUCUACGCCCAACUGUGGCUGGUAGUGGGCCUGACUUGAACCUUGACGAAGUGAGGAAGGGGAAGUUUAGGCUGUACUUGGAGAGUGAUAAGGAAUGCGAGAGGAAGGAGACGGUAAGGGAAGAGUGGGAGGAGAUUGACGGAGAAGGAGAAUGGUGGGAGAGGUGGGAAAGGUUGUUGAGGAUGAGAGUGGGAGAGAGCGAGAAGGGAUGGUACACGAGUCAGGAUUUAGCGGCACUUAACGGCAGCGUUGUGAGGUUAUGGGAUGGUGGCUUCAGGUUUGGUAGCUGA